UUGUGACAACAGUUGGUGUGUGUCGAACGGGUUCUAUAGCCGUGAGCAAUUAGCAUCUUAACAUCGGAAAUUAUUUUUGACUCAAUCGAAAAUUCGAACGUUUUGCAAUUUAUCCAUAUGGGAUAGUUUAUGUGGCAAAUUGCCGCUGCCAAUUAAUUUAAAGUUUUGUGUUGGUUUUCAUUGAGCGGAAGUUUUGGUGUAAUUUAUCUAUUGAAGGUUGUACUGGAUUUUCGUUGGUGUAACUGAUAAUAAUCUAGAUGAUGUAAGGUUAUGGCAAAAUUGUGUCAUGACCAGUACGAUCACCCGUUGCUAUGGUGCGAUGCCAAACGACGAGCCGAAGAGAAACGCAUCGCUGACGAAAGUUGGACAUUGGCCCGACAUCGCAAAGAACAAAAAGAAGCACAGAAAAUUCGCGAUUGUAAUGAACUACGUGAACUUAUAGAAAAGCAUUAUCCUUGGGGAAGGCCAGGUGGUGGCGCUCCAAACGGAACCAUUCGACGAAACAAUAUCGAAUCUCGUGGCUUAUUCGCAGAAUCAAGUGAGAACUGUCGAAAAUUCAUAUUUCAAGCACCAUUUCGUGCUCGAAGAGGCGGUGGCGGAGCACCUCUUCGCAAUUCAGCUGGUCAAAUAAUUACCAAAUUUCGAGAAGAUCCAAUCAUUACAUUCAGCGAUUCGGCGAGAAAACAUGUUGAAAAUCAUUUGAGGUAUAAAACUAGCAACGAACAGAAGAAACAAUACAAAAUGGAUUUGGACCGAUGUCGAGCCGAACGAAUGAGGAGAGAUGCAAAAAACUCCUUGGAUAUGAAUGAAGUGUGGGGUAAGUCGGGUCCGGGUGGAAUGCCAUGGCGACAUCCACGUCAAGUUGGUCAAUCAUUCAUGAAAUCGAUGGGUUGGACGGACAAAAUCUUGUUACAAACGCUUGAUCCCGAUAAAAAACCAAAGGCAAAUGGAAUUGAUGCCAGUGAUGUGAAUCGAUUAAAAUUACCCGCACAAUGUUGUGUCAAUUGUUUUUGUGAUUGUAAAACCAAAUAUGCGACGAUGCAAUGCAACGGCAAAGAGAAUGUGAUGGAAAAUAUUCCGAUGACCCGAAAAGAUAAUCCGGAAAAUGCAAGUCGACCAUUGUGCGAGCAUAUGAAUCGUUGUGCUAAGAAGUGUAAAUACGUUAAACCACGAGCGUGCAUGAUAAGCGGCGGUGUUGAAUUAGUUCCUUUGUUGGCUAAGCGUAGAGCAAUGCAACGACCAAUCAGCUUGUCCACCACUGACGUGACGAAAAACCCGACUGAAAAAAAGUGGCAGGAUUACGGUGAAGGGGUUCAAUUACUCGACGACUUGUGCCGACAAAUAACGCAAAAGGAACGAAAGAAACAACUGUCGAAGGAUAGUGAAUUGGAAUCAGCCAGAAGACAUUUCGAAACGAUAGACACAUUUUGGGGACGACCUGGUCAUGGUGCACCACGUAGCGUUAAAACCAACCAUCACUCCAAACUCAAUUUGAACGAUUUACUUUAUAAACCACGGUUAAGUGAACACGUAUCGAAUACAAUCGGAAAAUGAGGAUAUAAGGACUUUUUCAGCUUGCCACCGAUGCAAGCCUUGAUAAAAGUUGUACAAUCAUUUGUGAAGCGUUCUGUAAAAAUCCAAAGCCAAAGUAAUUUAAUGAAAUAGAUAUUAUGGAAAAAUUUA